UUCCCAUUUUGAUUUUUUUCUUCACUGUAUGAGCCCGCUCACACCAGAGACAAUGAAUUGGAGCUCCAUAUGAUGCCAUUUUUUGACACCCACAAUGUUGUUUCGACCAGUACUCUAAAAUACCGUCCGACAUGGUACGCAAUUUUGUCCCUUUCAUGUUUUUCUCGUUGCUCUUGUAGACUCAAUCUGUUUGGUGAAACCGGGUUUUCGAUUCGAUGGGUAUUCACCAAAUCACAUGCACAAUGGGCUUCUCGAAGCUUCCACAGCAAAGGAACUCCGUUCUACUAUUAGGUAAAUCGUGUUCGUUGCGCAUUUCAGAGUUGCAGAGAUGAUGGGUUCGAAUUCGAACCAUGAACUCAAUAGCCCUUUUAGGUCCAAGAAUGGUCCACAAAUUUUCACAUUGUUUGAUUAUUUCGAGGAGACUAUGUAACCAUCCCUUCAAUGGUGAUGAAUUUGAAUGCGUUGAGGAGCCUUUGAAAAAAGUAGGUUCAGAUUAUGAUUCCACUGUGGAUGAGAGGCUCCAUUUGAACGAGGAUUGGAGCUGUAACCAAAAGCCCUUUUCACUCAGAAAAGGGUUCUUAGAAGCUGUGAAGUUAGAUGCUAAGAGGGUCCUUGAGGUUCUUCGGCAAGAUGGUCCUGGUCUUGAUUCCAGGUUGGUUUUAGCUGAGUUGCAUAUAAGGCCAUCAGGGCUUCUUGUGAGAGAGGUUCUCUUUGGAAUUUUGAAGAGCAUAAAUUGUGAGAAUAAGACCAGGUGUGCAAAGCUGGCAUAUAAGUUUUUUGUGUGGUGUAAUCAACAGGAAGCUUACCGGCACACUGCAAAUUCCUAUCACUUAAUUAUGAACGUAUAUGCUGAGUGUGAGGAGUUUAAGGCUUUGUGGAGGUUGGUUGAUGAGAUGAUUGAGAAAGGGUUUCCAGCUACUGCCCGUACUUUCAAUAUUUUGAUACGUACUUGCGGUGAGGCAGGCUUGGCUAAGAAAUUGGUGGAGAGGUUCAUAAAAUCAAAAACUUUUAACUAUAGGCCUUUUAAGCACUCGUACAAUGCAAUUCUGCAUGGUCUUCUCGUUUUAAAACAGUACAAGUUGAUUGAGUGGGUUUAUCAACAGAUGUUGCUUGAGGGUUUUUCCUCAGAUAUUUUCACUUAUAAUAUUGUUAUGUAUGCCAAGUACAGACUUGGAAAGUUGGAUCAGUUCCACAGACUGCUUGAUGAGAUGGGUAGAAAUGGAUUUUCUCCGGAUUUUCAUACCUACAACAUUCUUCUUCAUGUUCUUGGUAAAGGGGACAAACCGCUUUCAGCUCUUAAUCUUUUAAAUCACAUGAGAGAAACAGGUAUAGAGCCAACUGUGCUUCAUUUCACCACAUUGAUAGAUGGACUCAGCAGAGCUGCUAAUCUGGAUGCUUGCAAAUACUUUUUUGAUGAGAUGAUAAAGAACGGGUGCAUGCCAGAUGUGGUGGCUUACACAGUAAUGAUAACAGGAUAUGUAGUAGCUGGUGAGCUUGAGAAAGCACAGGAAAUGUUUCGUGAGAUGGUUUCUAGAGAACAAAUCCCAAAUGUGUUUACAUACAAUUCCUUAAUUCGGGGAUUAUGUAUGGCAGGAAAGUUUGAUGAAGCAUGCUCAAUGCUCAAGGAAAUGGAGGCCAAAGGUUGUAGUCCAAACUCUGUUGUCUAUAAUACAUUAGUGAGUAGUUUGCGGAAUGCUGGAAAGAUUGCUGAUGCUCAUGAAGUGAUAAAACAGAUGAAGGAGAAGGGGAAGUAUGCGGUAUAAGAUAUAGACAUAUAGAGUCAUAAGGUAGAUUUUCAAAUUGGAUAUUGUAAUUCACGGGGCAUCAACUUUUGAUCUGGCUAAGCGAGACCAAUUACCUGCUGCUUGUUCUGCUGGUUAGAAGCUGGAGAAAUAAAAAGCUAUGUCCUAGACUUGAAUUGCCGAUCACAAAGGAAGAACCUUAUCAGUUAUCAUAUCACUGCUCCAAAGGCAACAUUGUUCUAUUGAGGAUCAGUAGAUUCAGGACAGCCUCAUACCGUUACAGGUACUAAAUUUUCUGCUUAUGGGAUUGGCAAGUCAGAAACCUGAACGCAAGUGUAUUCAUCAUCUAAGUCGUGGGGCUCGGUAUCUGCCUUCAAUGAACAUGGCCAUUGCUCUUUAUUUGGUCUGUCUGCUAAGCCUAUUGGGCUUUUUGUUUUACCUCUUGGUCGUUUCUACUUGGUUGUAUGCUUGUAUUAUUAUUCUUGAUUGAAUCGGUCAGUUGUAACUGACCAUCAUAAAAAAUAAUAAUUGUCCAGUUACAUACUUUAAUGGAGACUGGCUGGCAUUCCUAGAGGUACAAUCAUGUCACGAAUGCCUAAUAGGACAAUUGAUCAAUGCAAUUU